CAUGGACACAGUCAUGCAGGUGGGGGUGGGGGCAGAGGUGGAGCUGCAGGAAGGGGCCGACAGCGCGGCCCCUGAACUCUCUGUGGGGAAGGAGCUCUGCAGCCAGUCCAAGUGGGACUUGUCCAGCCUGACUGAUGAUUCGGACGAGGAAGAGAGGCAAGGGGAAUGCCCUCCUCAGCCAAUCCAAGUGGGACCUGUCCAGCCUGUCUGCGGAUUCGAGCGAGGACGGGUGCAAGACGAGGGGCCCCGGAGACAGGGGGGCGGGAGGGAGGAAGGGCUGCCGGGAGUGUGGCCGCUCCUUUCCCUCCUCCUCGGAGCUUGCCCUGCACUUGCGGGAGCACCAGCCGGAGAUGACGUGCAACAUGUGCAGGGUGGUGUUCCGCAGGGUCCCGUCGCUGAGACUGCACCUGUCCAACGCUCACCGCGACGCCUCCCUGCGCUGCCGCUGCGGGCAGGCCUUCGCGACGGUCUGGGAUUUCAACCUGCACCUCGCCACCCACUACAGCCGCCGCGAGCUCUGCCACAUGCCCUGCCCCACAUACGCCAAGCUCGGCCAGCACCGGCUGAUGCACGCAGCCCGCCCGCCCGGGUACCAGCCCGAGAGGCUCGUCGGCAGGGCAAUGGAGACCGCGACUCCCCCCACUACGCAGGCCGGCUCUCCCAGCAGACCUAUCGAGGAGCCAGAAGCCGCGCCCGAGACCCCGUCGACACAGCGGGAGGGCUGGGGGGGCCAUGCCUACGUUGACAACGGGAAGAGGAAGAACUUCGCCGUAGUGGUCCGGAGCAUCAACUCCGUGACUCUGCGGUUCCCGCGGGAUUCCGUGGCGGAGGAAAAUCGGGAUAAGAAGAUCCACGUGGUGGUGGUGAGGAACGUGACGGGGAAGAAGACUGAGGGAAUCAAACAGGAAGAAGGGGAGGGGGACAGGGAGGGGAGACGCGCACAGGUUCAGGGUUAUCGGGCGAUAGAAAACCCUGCUGAAGAAGAGGAGGAGGAUGUGAAACCGGAUGUGUCCUCUCUGAUGCCGCUGCUCCCGGCUGCCCCCUCCAGGCCCGCGCUGCUUUUGCAGGACAAUCUGAAAGCGGAGGAGGGCUCCUGCCUGCCCGUGCUCCCGGACCCCGCGCUCGGGGACUCGGAGACGGAGAGCAUCGCGGAGUCCAACCCGGUCCUCCCGGAAAGCACCAGCGACUCGGACAGCUUACCAGAGGGGGACUCGGAGUUCAACCCGGGGGAGAUCUCGGACGCGUCCAGCGACUCCUUCUCCAGCGGGAACUCCAGCGGCUCGUCCUACAGGCCAGGGAAGAGGCGCGGCUCCAGCUGCGUGGGGGGCGGGGCCGGGGGAAACCAGCCCCGCUGGUUUCAGAAACCGCAGAGACCCAUUCAGCCCAACCCCAGCAGCACGGCCGCUCCUCCUGCUGCUGACGUGGCUUCGGCUUCACGCACUGCGUCCACGUACAAGUGCCCGCACUGCGGCAUCGCCUACAGCAGCCCUUCUCUCAUGCAGCGCCACGCCCAGAGCUGCCCCGAGCGGCCGGUCGCUGUGGCGUGUGAGCUCUGCUCCCUGACCUUCCCCAGCCAAAACAGCCUGAUCCAGCACAAGGCCCAGGCUCACCACUGCGUGCGCAUGUACGCCUGCCACCUCUGCAGAGAGGUCUUCCCGGACUUCGUCAUCUUCAGCCGGCACGCUUGCCCGUCCCUCGACUCGCCCUCCGCGCCUCGACAGCGACCGACGUCCACUCCUGUCCCAAGCGUCGUGCACGAUGCUCGAGCCUCGCCAGCAGUGGUCCUCGGCAGCCCUCCGCCUCCUCCUCCUCCUCCUCCGCAGACCACCACUCCCCAGGUGUUGCUUCAACCUCCCGCCCCCGAGCCUAACGUGGCAACAGACGCACAUCCGAUCAGCCAGACACUUCUCACUACAAGCAUCGCCUCCUCCAGUCCCUCCCCGAAUCCUAAUCCUAACCCCGCUCCAGAUCCGGAGCCUCUGAAGAUCCUGGGGCUGUACGUCAACCUGAGCAAGGAGUCGACCCCAGAAGGAGGCCCCCUGGCUCCCUCCACCCCCGCCCCCCGCUGCUGCCUGCCCCGGGGCGUGCUGUUCGAGUGCCGGCAGUGCGGUGCCAGCUCCCACCAGCCCUCCCUGCCAGUGCGGCAUCGCUACCUGCACCGGGGCCCCCGGGCUCACCGCUGCCAGUGCGGCAAGGCGUUCACACGCAGCCUGCACCUCCUCCGGCACCAGGUGCGCCACGCGGAGAGCAGCCGCUACAUCUGCGGGCCCUGCGGGGCCACGUUCACAGGGGCCACGCGCCUCGCCCAGCACAAGAAGAGGAAGAGGAGGCGGAGGAGGAGGAAGAGGAAGGGGGCGAGGCGGAGGGCGUGUCAGGACCCCUUCCGGUGCAUCUGCGGGCUGCCUUUUAAAAAGCCAGCCGCCUACCUGUGGCAUAAACUGAAGAAUCGGAAAUACGGGGCUAAGAACCCUUGCAGACAGCCCUCGCUUGCUUUGUCGGUUAUUUAGUUUGUUUCUGUGUGAUUCUUGUAAAUAUGCAUCUUUGGUUUUUUUUUUUCGCAUUUUGUAAUAAAAUCUCACAUGAAAGGUAAA